AUUUAAUAAGGUGCAUUCUCCUGUUUGAGGUGACCCAGUUUGAUGGGAUCUUCUUGAACUGUAGGAAUCACACAAUUUUCUGGUAGGCAGCCCAGGCAUAAUGGGAUGCUGAGUGCGAAGUUGCUGUGUGCUGCGGUGGAUGGGAGCCCCACCUCCUCCCACGCUCUGAUGAGUAGAGAGAGAAAGAGAGAGGGAGAGGGGGGGGGAGCAACUAACCUACCCACAGUAUCUCACCACUUGCUCUCUGGAAACGCUUCAGAUGGGCUUCUUGUUUAGGACUGGUUAGCUAUUCCGUUUAACGUUGCAAAAAUGACAUUUAUGUUGCUAUCGUUCAGACAUCCAGUGCGUCCUUAGAGUGCGCUCUGGGCUACUUAUAUCAAGGGGAAGCGCUCGAGAAACUUGAACCGAAGGGAUGCGCCAACGAGUGCAUCUUGGCAGGGAUCAGUUGUUGAGGAUUGGAAAUGGCACACAGUAGGCUAUGGAAUGAGACUCUCCGUUUGCGAGCUCUAUCAUAAAAUAAUCGAACACAAACAGCUCAUAACUUACAUAAUAUUUACACGGACAGAAAUCUGUUCUACAAGACCGCCGGGCGACGGUGGACACAGUAUCCUGAAUUCUGAUGCGGAAAGUUCUAAAUGCUGUGAAUGGAUUUUGUGGCUGCUGAAGUUCUUUUGAUGUCAGCACUGUGACGGAGGUUUGAGGGUUAGACACCUGCCUCUGGGAUCACCGGUGGACAUCUAGGCUAUCAGCUGCGGACGGUUUGGCUACGCGACAAGCGCUCAUAGAGAAGUCUCUGGCUCAGGCAGAUCUUCUGAUGACCUAAUGGAACUGAAUUUACGAGUAGUGCUGUUUUGGGUCUUGGUGCUGCACUGUGGUUCUGCUGAAGGCAGUAUCCUGUACCGGGUCCAGGAGGAGCAGCCUCCCAACACUCUUAUUGGUAGCCUGGCAGCAGACCAGGGCCUGCCAGACUCGGGUCAUCUCUACAAGCUGGAGGUGGGUGCCCCUUACCUUCGUGUUGAUGGAAAGACGGGAGACAUUUUCACCACAGAGAUUCCCAUAGACAGAGAGACCCUGAGGGACUGUCGAUCCCUGGCUAAGGGUAAGCCGUGCUACCUGGAAUUUGAAGUAUCAGUGACAGAUCUGAUACAAAACCAGAGCCCACGACUUAUUGAAGGACGCAUUGAGGUACAGGACAUCAAUGACAACACUCCGCAAUUUCCCUCUUCUGUGCUCACCAUCUCUGUCCCAGAGAACACAAUCAUGGGGGCACUAUUCUCCAUACCUCUAGCUACAGACAGAGAUUCAGACAGGAAUGGUGUCGCGGAUUAUGCUCUGACUGCAGGGCCAGACGCAGCUACCUUAUUUGGUUUACAGGUGGCUGACGACAGGGGGGGGAAGCUCCCACAGCUCAUUGUCCUGGGCAACCUAGAUCGCGAGUUAAAGGAUUCCUAUGACCUCACCAUCAAGGCAGUGGAUGGAGGAAACCCUCAGCGCUACAGCAGUGCUUUGCUGAGAGUUGUAGUCACUGAUGCUAAUGAUAACUCUCCCAAGUUUGAAAAAUCCACGUAUGAGGCAGAAGUGUCGGAAAACAGUCCAGUGGGGCACUCUGUGUUGCAGGUCAAAGCAAAUGACUCUGACAUGGGCCCUAAUGGAGAAAUUGAGUACACCCUUCACCAAGCAGUUGACCCAGUGCCAAAACUCUUACGAAUUGAUCGGUCCACCGGCAUUAUCUAUGUCAAAGGACCACUGGACAGGGAGGAAAUCAGCAGCUUGUCCUUCUAUGUGGUGGCAAGGGAUAAGGGUCCUCAACCUAAAAGCUCAAAGACAUUUGUAACCAUUGAGGUGACUGACCAAAAUGACAAUGCUCCAGCUGUCGAGAUUCGUGGGAUUGGCCUUGUGACACACAGUGAAGGAGUGGCUAACAUUUCAGAGGACAUGCCAGUGGGAACAGCCGUUGCUUUGGUGCAAGUGUCUGACAAGGACGAGGGAGAGAAUGCUGUAGUCACUUGUGUGGUUGCAGGAGAUGUGCCCUUCCAGCUCCGCCCUGCCAGCGACUCAUCCAGUGACAACAAGAGGAAGUAUUUCCUACAGACCACCACUCCUCUUGACUACGAAAGGGUUAGGGAUUACCGAGUUGAGAUUGUGGCUGUGGAUUCUGGAAAUCCAGCACUCUCUAGUACAAACUCUUUGAAGGUGCAGGUGACUGAUGUGAACGAUAACUCUCCAAUAUUCUCCCCAACCUUAUUUGAGGUAGAUUUUGCCGAAGAAAACCAACCAGGGGAGAAGGUUUUGGAUGUUACAGCUUCUGAUGCUGACAGUGGAACUAACGCAGAACUCCUCUAUAAUAUUUUGGCAGACUCAUCCAUCAAAGGUCUGUUUGAGAUUGACCCAAACACAGGUGAAGUAAGAGCCCGAAGCCCGCUUGACCGUGAGCAUAAAGAACGCUAUGAGUUCCGGGUCACUGCAGCAGAUAAAGGGUCACCUGUUCAUAAAGGAACAGCAACUGUUGUAAUAAAAGUCCUUGACCGCAAUGACAAUGACCCCAAGUUCAUGCUCAGUGGCUACAGCUUUUCAGUUUUGGAAAACAUGCCUCCCCUCAGUCCAGUUGGCAUGGUGACAGUACUGGAUGUAGACAAAGGUGAGAAUGCUCAUGUUCACCUCUCUGUAGAGCCUGAUGGAGGGAAGUUUGUUGUUCAAAAUGGAACAGGCACCAUUCUUUCAAGCAUCUCAUUUGACAGGGAGAAAGAAAGCAGCUAUACUUUCCGUCUAAAAGCAGUGGAUGGAGGAGAACCACCCAGGUCUUCAUAUGUGGGCGUUACCAUCAAUGUACUGGAUGAAAAUGACAAUGACCCUGUGGUCACCAAGCCCUCCAAUUCCUCCUUCAGGCGCUUGUCACCUCUAGCUUCCCCAGAUAGCCAUGUGGAGGUAGUGGAAGCUGAAGACCUGGAUAGUGGGCCUAAUGCAGAGCUCGUCUUCAGUAUUGCUGGUGGAAACCCAUACCAGUUAUUUCGCAUCUCCCCAUCCAGUGGGGAGAUCACUCUAGCAAAAGAGAUGACCCGAAAACAUGGUGGACUACAUCGCCUAGUGGUGCGAGUGAGUGACAGGGGAAAGCCUGCACGUCAUGCCACUGCCCUGGUCCACAUCUAUGUCAAUGAAACCAUUUCAAAUGUCAGCUUAGUGGAGGCCUUAGUUGGACACAGUCUUUACACUCCACUAGACAGGGACAUUGCUGGUGAUCCUGACAAUGGUUUUGCUGCACAGCGUAGUAACAUUUUGUUUGGAAGCCUUGCUGGUGUGGCAGGUGUUGUCAUGUUGAUCUUGGUGGUGGUAUUUAUUCGACACCGUAUCCAGAGAGAAACAAAGAGUGGGUAUCAGGCUGGCAAGAAGGAAACAAAGGACUUAUAUGCACCCAAACAGGCACCAAAGAAUGCCAAAGGCAAACGAGGAAGGAAAGAAAAACCCCAGAAGUCCCCAAAACCACUUGGGGAGGAGGAGGAGGUCAGCCUUCAAAAGAGUCUCAAGUUCAACCUUGAUGGAGUCAGUGAUAGCCCCAGGAUACACCUGCCCUUAACAUAUUCACCAGGAAGCCCUGAUAUAGGCAGGCACUACCGCUCCAACUCCCCCUUACCCUCCAUUCAGCUGCAGGCCCAAUCCCCCUCAGCCUCACAGAAGCAUCAGGCUGUCCAAGACCUUCCUGCUGCCAACACCUUUGUGGGAACGGGAGGUGAUGACAACUCUACCGGCUCAGACCAGUACUCAGAUUAUAGUUACAAGACCAGCCAAGCAAAGUACAACAACAAACAGCAUUCCCAUCGGCGAGUGACCUUCUCCACCGCCAACCCUGUGCAGGACCUGCAGGAUGCCUCUCAGCACAGCUACUAUGACAGUGGCUUGGAGGAAUCGGAGACUCCCAGCAGUAAGUCAUCGUCUGGUCCUCGCAUCGGACCCCUGACCCUGCCUGAGGACCACUAUGAGAGAACCACUCCAGAUGGCAGCAUUGGAGAGACCGAGCACCCUGAAAAUGAUAUCCGCUCCCUCCCUGAUGUGGCAAUGACCGGAAACUGUACAACCGAGUGCAGCGAAUUGGGCCACUCAGACGCCUGCUGGAUGCCCGGGCAUCCCUCCCCUGUACGCAAGACCAGGAACCCCCCGAAACUCUCCACCUUCGUGCCUUACCAGGAGAGAGGGAGCCUGGGACGCCUGGCAAACGGGAGCGCCAGGCUGGGUGGCGAGGAGCAUCGGCCGCGCCUUCCGCCCUCCCGUAGUGCCUAUUCCAACAGUGGUCACGACGCCAGUCAGGACUGCCCCUUAGAGGAGAUGCCCCUGAGCGUAGCCUCUGAGUUCCCACCCACUUCCCCUUCUGCCCACACUCCAAAAAGAGAAAUUUACCUGUGAGGAAUAUCAUCAUCCGAUUGGUGCACAAAUGAAGAAAAGAUACACCCACUCCAGAAGGAGAAACAGGCUGUUCACACGUUAAAGCCAAUGCCCAUUUUGUAGGUAACAAUAGGCUGUGACUCAUUCAAUCACUGGCAUGAACACUUGUUUUUUGUCAUUUCCUCCUUAAAUUAUUAAUUUAUUAGCAUAUUUAUUAAGAAUUACACAAAGUUAAUUGAUGCACUCACUCAUUUAUUCAUACAAAAUCUUGAAUGAUUUCAAUUUAAACUGAUCAAAAGGAAAUGCAGAUGGCAACUGCUACUUUAGUAGUAACUAAUUAUCGUUAUAGUUAGCCAAGUCCCAUUCUGUGAAGUGAUCUGUUGAAUUUGAAAGUUGUGAUCAGUGCUCUUGUGCCAUUAUUAGAUAUAAUUUAAUAGACAGCCAGUCAGGCCCCAUCAGAAGACAUACCACUUUUGACUAACAAUCAAAUAAAAUGGUCUGUCUUAAUGUACAGUGCUGUAAAUACAUUUGAAUGGUGUGUUCUACAUAUAUUUUUGUCUGGCAUAAGCUGAAAAAAAAUUGCCUCAGAAUUUUAGCAUAUGUAAGCUUUUCUUUGCUGCUGCUGUUUAGACUUGACUGAAACCAUCUCCAGAAGUGGAGCUCGAUAUCAUGGUAGGCAUUUAUCCGCUCCACACAAUCACACACACCUUCGACCCCUAAUCAUAGCAGAAUGGCCUUUACCUCUGCUCCCCGUAGAGCACUGCCACUGGUGGAGAAAGCUGUCUGGCAACAUUUAAACUGACAUUAUGUUCCACUGACUCUCAGCACUGUGACCUAUCGUUCAUCAUGAAAAUGGUUGACUUGGCCACAGUAACCUGGAGUCACAAUGACCAAAUGCAGAGUACUCACUAUACACAUUCUGAGUGGCUUUUCAUAUAAAACCUUGCUACUCAUUCUGUUGAUGAAAUCAUACCAGUGUAUCAGUUUAAAAAGCUCCUCUAUCGUGACAAUCAGACAGGCUCCAUGUGUAACUCACAAUCCUUUCCCCUGAAGCUAAUAGUCCUUUCCCUUCAUGAUCCAUCAGAACUUCUAUAGAUCUAAUGAAUGCAUAAGGAGUUAUUUACAUGAAAUGGCACUUGAGUGUGGCGAGCCACUGGAGAGAUUCAGUACUUAUGGAAGUUAAUAUCACACUGAUGUAAGCUACAUGAGUGCUCUACAUUGAGAGUACUUUCUUUGGUUUUUAAAGUAUCAGUUCUCACUAGAUAUAUACUUCUUCUGAGGUGAAUUCAAUACACAGUGCACUGAAAUAAGCAAAUUAAACAAAAAUGUGAACCUUCAAGUCUAAUAAAUAGAUAGAUUUGAAAAAUCUUGAAUGUUAUUGUCAAUAACAUGAGGGAUUUCAAAAUAAAUAUCUGAUUUCAUGUCAGUAAUUAAUAUGCAAAUGCAGAUAUUGUUAAGCUUAAACAUAGGUUUAGAUAGUAUGAGUCGGCCUCGUUUUAACUGCAGCUCCUGUUAAUUAUGAUUUUCCUUGUAUUGAGGACAACAUGCUUAAUAAAUUAUUAGGCAUUUUCCCUCUUCUGGCUAUUGAACAGAGAAUAAAAAAUAGGGCAUGCCCGUGGGCUUCAUUUAUCUUUACAAAGAUAAUCCAAGUGAAUCUGAAGGAUAUGUCUGAAGGACACUAUGUAUUAGUCAGUAAUUGGAUGUUAAUGAUGACAACACUAGCCUGCCUUACAACAUCGUAGAGCUAGUCGGUGUCUUUGAUUUAAACAUUGAUUUGAUUAAAUUUGUAGAUACCUUUCACCUCUGCAGAGUAUUUCCAUAGUGAGAUUUUGUCUCUGAGUAAGGGUGGAAGAGCCUAGAAUGGACAUUUCUUAAUUAGGGUGAGUAAUGAGUCCUGAGCUAGGGCAUCUGUGAGCACACCCCCAGGACAAGGCACCCACCAGAUAAUGCAAAUCCACCCGCACAGCUACAGUCAGUUAAAAGAGGUAUUUUUAUCAGCACUAACCUCAUCAUGCUGCCAUUGAAAACUGCGUUUAGAAUAAUUAAACUGAAAACAUAUGGAAAUUACUGGACAUGGCCAUGAUUAAAUAAGGUGGGCGAUUAUCCUGCCUUGAGGGGGAGAAAGCACAUUAUGCCGUUUUCAAAGCCAUUUAGCAACUGAAAUAAAAUUCAAACAACAGCCAUGAUACACUGUGAUUAAAACCCCACGGCUCCCCCAAGCACCCCUCUCAGAGCUGUGGAUAGCCGCCUUACGAACUCAAAGCAGCAGGUAAGAUCACUGACCUGGAAUUAAUGACAAGUGAGAAAUAUAGCAAUGAGUGAUAAAACCAAUGUCACAUAGCCUCAAUCACAGCUUUAUCUAUUUAAAUGCUUUGACUCAAUUCAGAUUCCCAACUGCUUUGCAUCCAGAUUUAUCUCUGUGGUUAAAUUUGAACCUGAUUCCAGCCUAAGUACACUUGUUGCUUCAGUGAAUCUGGAAUGUAUCUUCAGAUUCUCUUUGAUCACCAAUACAUGAAAUAAAUGAGGUAACUCCGAAUGGAAUGACAGGAGUUUGAUUUAAGACUUCUGCAAAAUAAAAACAAGCCUGGGCCUAUUUUCCCCCUGUCUUAAUGAGUCGGACCUUUUCACUCCAACUGAUAAUGACCUCCUGCUACUCACCCCUGGAACAAUAUAUCACCGGGUUUGACCUUUCUUUUGAACUCAUGCUGAAUGAACUAUGUUAACUUCUCUCUCAAACACAGAACGGUUCUCCUUGAUUAAAGUAAGAGGACAUCAUGAAGCACCUAAAUACACUCAAAAUGUUGAAUAAUGUUUAAUUUGUACUUAACAUUGAUUUAAUGUUGAAUUCACUUGAGUAUCUUUUGCCUCUCUGUAGUGUGUAUUGUAUGGUGAUCAUUUAUGUGGACAGAUGGACAAAUUACUGUAAUGAAAUUGGCAAGGGAUAUUUUUCUUACUGAUCAAUGACUCUUAGCAAACUGGUUGUGUGAAAAAAUAAAGAAAUCUGUUGGUGGUGUAGUGUACAUAGAUCUCCACAACCCUGUGUCUGUUGUCAAGCAGGCAAUGAUUUUAGCAUGAAAUCCAAAGAUAAUUGGUAGAAACUGUUUACUCUUUUUUCUUUUAUUUUACUUUCUGAUGCUGGUUCAUAUUCAAAAGGCCCUCUCCCAAACGAACUGAAAUUAACUGAACAUUUCAUCUUUUUCACAGUUCAUCUAGAACAAAGACAAUUGCCUUGAAAAUAUGUCUUUGCAAGAGAGAAUCUAGUUGUUAUCCUAAUUGUUGGUAUAUUUAUAUAGGAUAAAAUGCUUGUGAUGCCAUGUUUUUGUACAGUUUUAUGUACAUACAAGUGAAGCUUUCUAAAAGUUCUGAGAAAAGCCGAUGGCAUAUAAAAAUUGUAACAUGUUUUCUUGAGAUGUGCACAUCUUGCCUUGGUUGGAUUGACCUUUGCUGAGUCAGUGUGAAUGUGGCUGUUCUAUGCCUGCACUGUAGUCAUUCACCGGCUCCCACCUCCUGAGGACUUAAUCAGUUUUUAUGUUUAUUGUGAACAGUGGAUUGUCUUAUCUUACAGUUUGUUCAACUCCUGUGUUCUGCUUUGUUCUGUUUUCGCAUGUUGACAAAUUCUCUUGUAAUACUGUAAGUCCUCAUGAACUUUGUAAUAAAAUCACUUCAGGGAAAAAAUGAA